AAUUUCCUUAUGAAACUCGCCCGGAAAUUCGGAAAAAGUGGAUUUCAUUUGUAAAAAUGAAGAAGAAGGAUUUUACGACCCCAAACCAGUUCUCAGUGUUGUGUGAAAAACACUUUGCUCCAAACUGCUAUCCUCUGGAAUAUUCUAUUAAAAAGUCAAUGGGAAUAGAGGUGAAGAAAAAAAAUCUUCUACCAGAGGCUAUUCCAACUGUUCAAACAGUUGAUAGUGACAAGAGAGCAGAGGCCAGUUCACUUUCUCGCCAUGGAUCUCCAGAGCGUCAUUCGCAACCUAAGAAGAUGAGACCGGCAUUUAGAAAAAGGGAAUGCUUGAGGGUUAUUCAAACGGCCAUAUCUGCAACGGAAGUUUCUGAUGCUGAAAUGGAAAGUGAAGUGGAAGAUGGAGGUUCUAUUCAAUUAUCCAAUACAGAGAGCACAACCCGAAGUGUUGGAUUACAGUUUGGAGGAAAGUCAGUGCACAAAAGAUCUAAAAGAUGUCAGACAAAACUGAAGACAAUGGAUAAAGCAAUUCAAGCGAAUGUUCAAAAACGUCAACACACUACCAGUAUAGGCAUCCAGUGCAACAGAAAUUUAGAGGACCUAGAAGACCUUAAAAAAGUGAGAAAAAGAAAUGAAUGGGAAAGAAUGAGAUCUCGGGAGUGUUCUGAAACCACCCCACAUGCAGCAAAUUUUACUAGCAAUGAAGCUGAAAAAGCUGUUUGGAAGGAAAGAAAAUUCAUAGUAUUUGAGUCACAUCUGCUAGAGUUGUUUAAAUCUUGUCCAUCGUGUGCAUCUUUAUGCCUAUUUCAAAUAAAGAAGAUCAUAGGUUCAUUAGUAAAGGUAGAUCAAACCUGUGGUACAUGUGGCUAUGAGCGUACCUGGGACAGCCAGCCUAUUACUGGGUCUGUUACUUCAGGAAACCUUCUCUUAUCUGCAGCAAUUCUAUUUACAGGGUUACUUACUUCAAAAGCUCUGAGGUUCAUGGAACACAUAAAUAUUCAAACCAUUACACCAAAUACAUUUUUUCAACAUCAGAAGCAUUAUCUGCACCCAUCUAUCUGCUCUGUUUGGAAAACAUUUCAAGAUAAUUAUUUUCAAAAGAUGAUUGAGAGUGGAAAAGACUUGACGAUUGGCGGAGACGGUCGAGCAGACACACCAGGACAUUCGGCAAAAUUUGGAAGUUAUGCCAUUCUAAAUUUAGAACUGUCACCUGUGAUAAAUGUACAAUUAGUACAGAGCAAUGAGGUUAAAAGCAGUUACCACAUGGAGAAAGAAGGCUUUAUUAGAAGCAUCAAUUUCAUAAAAGAAAAAGGAUUAAAAAUUGCAGAAAUUGUGACAGACAGACAUGUACAGAUCGUAAAGCAUGUGCGAGAGGAAAUGCCUGAGACUAUACACCACUUUGAUGUUUGGCAUGUUGCUAAAGGUUUGAAAAAAAAAGUUAACUGCCCUGUCUAAAGAGAAAGAAUGUGAAAGGCUACAGCCUGUGGAUUCGCAGUAUUUGUAAUCAUCUUUACUGGACCGCAGCAUCCACUCCAGAUGGAAAUGGGCAAAUGAUGCUUGAAAAAUGGCAGUCUGUUGCAAAUCAUGUUCAAAAUAUACAUGAACACAACGGAGAUUUAUAUGACAGUUGUCUACAUGGCCCAUUAGA